AUGUUGCGACGUCAAGUGCGCACUGGGCUGUUGAAUUACCAUCGAACAACGUCUAGUUCUUCAAAGCUCUUAGACUUUGAUGAGCUUCUCGGCAAGAGAUUACGUGCUACAGCAAAAGAACUUUCUGUUGAAAUGCUUCCGGCGCUCAAGGUGCUGUCAGAAAGUCUUGGAUUGCUGCGUCAGACCCCUGCUUUAAAAAAUUGGAGCGCAUCGGAUUGGUUAGUGGGGCUAUCUGUCUUAGCGCAUUACAAAACGAAACAGCGUGCUGAUAGAGGCCCUUUACGUCACACGAAUGAGAACUCUAUUGUGAAUGACAAGGAACUGCUUGUCAAACUACUACGGUAUGUGCGUGUGUGUGAUGCAGUAUACGCAUCUUCAGUUACUUCAUUUUGUAAAGAAGCUGGCGUUUCGCAAGACCAAGUGCUGAGGGCACACCCAGGCGGUGUCUUGUCUCCUAAGUGUAUCAUCUUCGCUGAUCAUAAGCACCGCGAACUUGUGCUAGUGGUGCGAGGAACAGCGUCACUCUUAGACUUCUGCACUGAUCUAUGCUUGCAAAAUGAGCCUUUUCAAGACGGCCAAGCUCAUCGCGGUAUGAUGCAUGCAGCGACGUGGCUGGUGCGCCAUUUACGCGACGACCUUCAAAUGCUAUCCGAAAAAUAUGCCGAAUACAAUGUCGUCACAACAGGUCACAGCUUAGGGGCAGCAGUUGCAGCACUAAGUGCCAUGCAGCUGAAAGAACACAUUGCAGGUAUUCAUUGCUAUGCUUUUGGCACCCCAGCGUGUGUGACGCAGGAGCUGGCUACUGGCAGCUAUGAUCUGAUUACUACAAUAAUAAAUGGAUACGACUGUGUACCGCGGUUACAUCAGCAUUCACUUGUACAUCUGCAAAGGGAAGUCCAGCGUUUUAAUUGGCGAGAUGAACUUCGCAAUAUGUUUUCGAAGGAAAUUCGCAAGCAAAAGCUUGCUGUAGAGCGACAACAGCGUGCGAAACUUGACGAGUUGCAGGCAAAGUUACGAAAUAUAGACCCACUACAGCUAAAACAACGCACAAGUGUUGCUACUGCAAAGCUUGAUGAGGCGAAAAAGCUUGCGUCCAAUAACAUAAAGGAAUUUGCAAACGAGAUUGAUAGACUUCUAAGUGAGAAGCUGGACAUAUCUUUAUCUUUUUUCAAGACGGACAAACUUUCAUUGGAGCACAUUUCAUUCAUUAAGAACCUUUUGCGAUUUGAAGACUUAAAGAAAGUUAGUAAUCCAGGUGAUUUUUUCUGGUGGAAACGCAUUGAUGGUAGUAUUCUUGCCCUAGAGCGACUAUCAGCCGCUGUCACCAAGCCAGAUGAACUAGAGCGCGUUUUGGUGGAAUUGCGAGACGUGCUUUAUAGGUCAUCGCAAAGCACAAAAUCUUUACUGAAUAAUGGCGAACAUUCUGAAUGGACCCAGCUGCAGCUCUUUCGCUCCCGUAUUGAUAACAUCAUCGACAAAACACGAGAAUCACUCAAGUCUCAGAUUACUGAGCAAGUGUCAAAGGUAUCCACAGCUGUCGUUUCAAAUGUGAAAGAUUGUGUUGAAGCGAUAAAGGAAGAAACGCAAGCAUUUAGUACCACAUUGCAGGAAGAACUGGACGUCAUCGCAAAUACAAUUUCACAAAACCUGCCAUUUACCGCCAAAUUGAAAGGUGAACAAACUAUUCAGGCAAAUUCAUCUGAAAAAUUGAUAUCGGACGAGAAGAAUAGGCUUGGUGAAAACUCUAAAGAUGCCAAUGUUAUAGAACAAACCCGAAGAACUGUAAGGGAAGAGGCUGGCCAGAAAUUGGACCGGCUUACCGAGGUCCAAAAGCAAUAUGAGGAUGAUAACAUGCUGCGUCAUGAUCCACUAUUUCCGCCUGGUCGCAUUCUUUAUCUUAAUCAUGUCGCUCAAGGAUGUUUGCCAAAAUCUGGCGACAAUAUUGAUGAACUAUACAAAGCACGCGAAGUUGUUGAAAUUGUGGAGGUUCCCGCUGACAAUUUUAGUCAAGUAAUGCUUUCAGACCGCAUGUUACUCGACCAUCUAUGCACAGACUACGAGCGAAUACUCCAACUGCAGGCGGAGCUGCAAGGCUCUGAUUCUUAA